AUGAUAAAACCCCAAAAAUGUGAUGAGCUUUUUAGAACAAGGAGCGCAUUUCUCGCUAUGACUCGAAAAGUGUUUGCUAAGAACGUUGCAACAUCCGGACUACUCACGGCUGAAGAAAUUAUUCUCAUUUAUAAUAAAUUCAAUGGAAUUGAUUCACUUGAUCUAAAACGGAAACUACCAGGGAAACGUUCUAUCGAUUAUAACAUCGUUUUCCCCGAUGGUGUUCCCAAAUUCAGAGAAGCAGUCACCCAUCAUCGUAAGAACAUGAAAAGAAAGAAACCAAGGAAGAAAAUAAAGUAG